GAUGAACACGUGAAAUGGCGAAAGGAGAUAAAAAGAAAAAAACCGAGAAAACAACUCCCGAACAGUCAUUAAGUACAUUUUUGUCAAAUGGCUCCCAUGCUGGUGUUGUAUCAGAACCACACGUGUUAGAUGAAGAGUCGGAACAUGAAACAGAUGUAAUGACUGCCUCCUUUUCUUCACAACCACCACUCGCCGAAAAACAAUUUGAGAGAAGCGGUGAUGCAUUUCAUGAGGUCCCUGUUCUUCCUAAUAUUAUUGUCCAGAGGUACGAGGGAGAAAAGUAUCUAGAGCAGUUCCAUGGAGAAGGUGUGGCAUAUUUUCAGGGAGGACAUGUCUACAAGGGUAUGUUUUCAGUAGGAGUCAUGCAUGGACAUGGUCUGUACACAUGGGCAGAUGGUGUGAAAUAUGAGGGUGAGUUUGCAUUCAAUGUGCCCAUGGGCCAUGGGACAUACACCUGGCUGGAUGGUAGCUGUUAUGAGGGAGAGGUGUGCAGUGGAAUCCGCCAUGGUGUGGGGACAUAUAGGUGUGCUAAUUCCUCUGUGAUAUACAGAGGGCAGUGGUAUCACAGCAAAAGGCAUGGAAAGGGUACAAUAUACUAUAACCAGGAAGCGACGUCCUGGUAUGAAGGAGAAUUGGUAAACAAUAACAGAGAGGGAUGGGGAGUCCGAUGUUACCCCUCUGGGAACCUGUAUGAGGGCCAGUGGAGGAACAACGUGAGACAUGGAGAGGGCAGGAUGAGGUGGCUGCCGCUGGGUCAGCAGUAUAGCGGGAUAUGGGAGAAUGGGGUCCAGCAUGGACAGGGGACCCACACAUGGUUCCUGAGGAGAGUGACGGGCUCUCAGUAUCCCCUAAGGAAUGAGUACACUGGGGACUUUGUCCAGGGGCUGAGGCAUGGCCAGGGCAGCUUCUACUACGCAAGCGGGGCUCUUUACAAAGGAGAGUGGAAAGACAACAAAAAACAUGGACAGGGAAAGUUCAUUUUUAAAAAUGGACGCAUAUUUGAAGGAGAGUUUGUGGACGACCACAUGGCAGAGUUCCCAGCGUUCUGCCUGGAUGGUUCAAACACCCCUGAUUUGAGUGGGAUUAGAACACACACUCCCCAUCCUGAGGACGGUGAAUCCCCCAGAAGAGCACCAGGAGGAGGCUCAGGCAGUGGUCCAGCCCUGCUUGGGCCUGACAUGGCUCUGGACAUCACUGCUCUGCUGGAGAACCUCCCAGAGAACCAGAGAGACCUGCAGCUCAAACAGGUGCAAUUUGUGGUGCUGAGACACAUAGCGGAGCUGAGGGCCAUCUAUAGCUUCUACAGCAGUCUGGGCCAUGAUCAGUCCCCAGACAAUACCUUCUUGCUGUCCCGCCUGCAGCUCUGGAGACUCCUCAAGGACUGUAGCAUCGACCAGCAAGGCAUCACCCUGGCCCAGGUCGACCGCUACAUCUGUGCAGAGGAUGUCCCUUCCGAGGAGAUCCACUCUCCCUUCAGCACCAUGCUGCUCAGAAGCUUCCUCAGCUGUGUUGUGGUUCUGGCCUACAACACCUACCAUAAGGACAUAGAGCCCUCUGAUACCAUACUGGUUGCAUGUUUGUCCAAGCUGAUGAGGGAGAACAUCAUCCCUAAUGCCAAGAAUGUAAAAGGUACAGGGCUGUUGUUCCCCAACCCCAUGCAUGCUGUGAUUGCUGGCAACUACAUUGAGAGGUGCUGGGAGAUCUACAAGGCCUUCUGCAGAGCCAACACAACCCCCCUAGCUGACCAAACCAUGACUGUCAGGCACUUCAUAUGGAUGUUUAAGGACCUUAGUCUGUUUGAUGCUGAGCUGACCACAGGGAAACUCCUAGAGAUCCUCUCUGUAGAGAACCCAGCUGCUUACGACCGCUACUACUGCAACCUAGACCUAGAGAUGACGUUCCUGGAGUUCUUUGAGGCGUUGCUGGGCUGUGCAGAGGUUAGCGAUCAGAGGGAUGGUCAGACAUCCUCAGACAGCCAGAUGGAGAGCUGCCUUCUGGCUGACACCAGGAGGGUUUCCCCUGGGGAGAGGACCAGAGACAGCCCUCUACAGAGGUCCUCACAGCGGCAUUCCCGUCUGACAGGACUUACUGCAAAGUCGUCAAACCCAUCAAAAAUCUCUCCUGAUGUGGGUAGUGUCAAAUCCCUGGAGAUGGGAAAAUCCAAGGAGAUUCUCCAGUUGUCUACACCUGAAGAGAUGGAGCCCAGACAGAGUCCCAACGCAGCAGGCAACCUCACAUCACAGACUGGGGGUGGUGGGUCAGCAACCCACUCGUCAGACACUGAGAGGAGAGAGGGCUCAGGUGGCGCUAGAUCAGCAGUGGAGGCCGAAGUGUCAAAACACCCUCCCCAUGAUCAUCCCCCCAGCACAGAGCCUGUUGAAGACAGGAGUGGAGCAGGUAUGACUUCCUGCCCUUCUGAGACUGAACUGGACAGCUGGGUCCAGAGGACCCACCAGUUCUUUACCCAGAGGUUCUUCCCAGCGUACGAGUACAUCCUGGAGCUGAGGAGGGAGGUGCAGGAAGAGAGGCUGAGGCAGACGGCACUAGCCCGCAUCGCUCUGGCUAAGGCCAAGGAAGACGCCAGGUGGUGCUGCAGACUGCUUGGCUUUUGAUCUGGUCUUGGGAGCUGCAGCAGGUUUGUCCUUUGCCACAGGGGCCACAGAGACCCGAGGCCUAUUAGCUGACCUUGUGGAUGGGGCUCUGACUACUGGUUCAACUGCAGGAAAGUGGAAAAAUAACAGUCAUGAGUUUCAAGUCAAGGAUAUGUUUAUCAGGGUCAAAUAAUUGGCAAAACAAAAGGCGUGGAGAGUAAUAUAAAGAAUAGCUGUGUGUAGUACAGUUGACAGAUUGUUGUCAUGGUUAGGAGUGUUACCUAUAGCAAUCCUGGUCCUUCUGGCUGACCUGACCACAGCUGGUUCAACUAAGCCAGAACCAGGUAGAGGUCAAGGGUCAGCAAGUGUUGAAUCAAGCAAACAAUUUAAAGAUGAUAAAGGCUGGACUAAUUGUUUUAGAGGUAAAGUGGGGGUAAAGAAACACCAACCUUUUCUUGAAACAGGAAGUGUCAAUAGGCUGUGUUGCCAAGGUCAAUGGAACAGAGAAAAAAACUGCAUAUGGUAAAUUAUAUGGUUAUUCAAAAAAGCAGCUAUUGUAGUUCUUGACUAAAUAAUGUGACAGAAAAUCUUAUAUAAAGACAUGUGCAGAACAAAUGUAGACUUGGCAGGAAAAAAGUCACCUUGGGGGCCUGGUGGAGCGAGUCACUCUGGUGGAUUGGGGCUGGACCACUAGCGUUGUUGCCUGGUUGGGGGGAACGGCCAAGUUAUGGCCAUGUAACAACCACUAAGAACACCAGUUCUUCUAUUCUUAUAUGCUAAUGAAUUUUGGGCACAUCGAAGUUGAACCUCCGGUGAUGAGUCAAUUACAUCUUCAUCAAAUCAAUGAUUGAACAGUGACUCCCAAGGACGAUGGAUAUAACAUCUAUAGACAUGUCAGCAGUAUACUGAGUCAGUCUUAAGCUGUGCCCUCUCACCCUGGCUUUGAUUGUGGCAACUGGGGCCUGCGGCAGAGGGACCAGGGGCUGGGCCUCUGGCCGGUACAGCCCAACCUUGAACACCCCCUUCAUCUCCCUUGCCCUCUUCUCUUUCUCCUUCACAAGCUCCUUCUUCUCUUUGUAGCGGGCAAGCUUUUUCAUUCGCUCCUCCACUGCAGCGUCUGAGAAAAAAGAAGGAGGGAGUUGGAGAGAAAAUAGAUCAGUGUGGGAUUACAUAAUGUUAGUGGGAGUGGAGGAUGAAGAGGCAUGAGGGUGAAGUUGGCUCAGGCUCAUUUUUUAGACAUAUUCCACAGUUUCAGAGAAUAAAAUAUUGUAGCCAGUAACAUUACCUAGAGCAGUGGUUCCCAAACUGUGAGGAGCACACCCCUUGGGUCAGUAGGGGGGUGCGGGGGUCCCCACAAAAUAAUAAAUAUAUAUAUAAAUAAAUAAAGAUAUAUAUAUAUAGUGCAGUUAUAAAGCAUUUGCACCCUUUCUAAUUUUCUCUACUUUUGAAUAUUUUUUUAUACUGAAUGUUAUCAGAUCUUCAACGAAAACCUAAUAUCAUAUAAAGGGAUCCUGAGUGAACAAAUAACAAUGCAUAAUUGUGCCCGUGUGAAAAGUAAUUGCCCCCCUUACACUCAAUAACUGGUUGUGACUCCAACCAAACACUUCCUGUAGUUGUUGAUCAGUCUCUCACGUCUCUUCUCUGAUUAUUAAUUAAUGGUUCCUUCUAUUAACGCAAGUCGUCCAGGUCCUGAGGCAGCAAACCAUCCCCUACCACCAUCAUGCUUGACGGUUGAUCUAAGGUUCUUACUGUGGAAUGCAGUGUUUGGUUUUCGCCAGACAUAAUGGGACCCAUGUCAUCCACAAUGUUAUACUUUUGACUCAUCUGUCCAUAGAACAUUCUUCCAAGAGUCUUUAUCAUCCAGGUGCUUUUUGGCAAACUUGAGUCAACUUUUUGGAUGAGAUGGUUCCCAUUAUGCCUGGUGAAAACCAAACAUGCCGAUGGGUCCCAUUACCUGCCCGGUAAAGUUGAAACCGGGCUUCAUCAGUGAAGAGCACACUUCUCCUGCGUGCCAGCGGCCAUCGAAGGUGCACAUUUCCCCAUUGAAGUUGAUUAUGACGCCAAACUGCAGUCAGAUCAAGACCUUGGUGAGGACGACGAGCACGGAGAUGAGCUUCCCUGAGACGGUUUUUGACAGUUUGAGCAAAAAGUCUUAGAUUGAAACUGUGGGUUUGCACAUCAGCAGUAAGGGUUGUUAGUAUCGAUACAGCAGAUAAAGAAGCCAGAUGUAGAGGUCUUGGCUUGGUACACGUGGUUUGCGGUUGUUGGACGUACUGCCAAAUUCUCUAAAAUGACAUUUGAGGCGGCUUAUUGUAGAGAAAUUAACAUUAAAUUAUCUGGCAACAGCUCUGGUGGACAUUCAUACAGUCAGCAUGCCAAUUGCACGUUCCCUCAACUUGAGACAUCUGUAGUAUUGUCUUGUGUGACAAAACUGCACAUUUGUGACCUUUUAUUGUCCCCAGCACAAGGUGCACCUGUGUAAUAAACCUUUAAUUAACUAGGCAAGUCAGUUAAGAACAAAUUCUUAUUUACAAUGACAGCCAUUAAUUCUGCUCUGUAUCGGAGAAGAGACGUGAGAGACUGAUCAACAACCACAGCAAGUGUAUGGUUGGAGUCAUUGUCGCUAAAGGUGGCACAAUUACUUUUUCACAUAGGGGUAAUGACAAUGCUGUUUAAUCAGCUUCUUGAUAUGCCACACCUGUCAGGUGGACAAAUUAUCUUGGCAAAGGAAAAAUGGUCACUAACAGGGAUGUAAACAAAUUUGUACACAACAUUUUACAGAAAUAAGCUUUUUGUGGGUAUGGAAGGUUUCUGGGAUAUAUUAUUUUAGCUCAUAAAACAUGGGACCAACACUUUACAUGUUGUGUUUAUAUUUUUGUUCAAUCGUUGUAUGUUUUCACUAACAGUCAAAAGUUUGGACAGACAAACCCCCUCAUUCAAGGGUUUUCUUAUUUAAAAAAAUAUAUUUUCUACAUUGUAGAAUAAUAGUGAAGACAUAAAAACUUUGAAAUAACACAUAUGGAAUCAUGUAGAAACCAAAAGUGUUAAAUCAAAAUAUUUUUUAUAUUUGAGAUUCUUCAAAGUAGCCAUCCUUUGCCUUGAAAGCUUUGCACACUCUUGGCAUUCUCUCAACCAGCUUCAAGAGGAAUGCUUGUCCAACAGUCUUGAAGGAGUUCCCACAUAUGCUGAGCACUUGUUGGCUGCUUUUCCUUCAAUCUGCGGUCCAACUCAUCCCACACCAUCUCAAUUGGGUUGAGGUCGGGUGAUUGUGGAGGCCAGGUCAUCUAAUGCAGCACCAUCACUCCUUCUUGGUCAAAUAGCCCUUACACAGCCUGGAGGUGUGUUGGGCCAUUGUCCUGUUGAAAAACAAAUGAUAGUCCCACUAAGCACAAACAAGAUGGGAUGGCGUAUCGCUGCGGUAGACAUGCUGGUUAAGUGUGCCUUGAAUUCUAAAUAAAUCACUGACCGUGUCACAAGCAAAUCAUCCCCACACCAUCACACCUCCAUGCUUCACAGUGUGAACCACACAAGGAGUUCAUCCGUUCACCUACUCUGCAGCUCACAAAGACUCAACUGGUUGGAACCAAAAAUCUCAAAUUUGAACUUAUCAGACCAAAGGACAGAUUUCCACCAGUCUAAUGUCCAUUGCUCGUGUUUCUUGGCCCAAGAAAGUCUCUUCUUAUUGGUGUCCCUUAGUAGUGGUUUCUUUGCAGCAAUACGACCUUGAAGUCCUGAUUCACAGUCUCCUCUGAUCAGUUGAUGUUGAGAUGUGUCUGUGUCUGUUAGCAUUUAUUUUGGGAUGCAAUCUGAGGUGCAGUUAACUAAUGAACUUAUCCUCCGUGUCUUCCUUUCCUGUGGCGGUCCUCAUGUGAGCCAAUUUCAUCAUAGCGCUUGAUGGUUUUUGCGACUGCACUUGAAGAAACAUUUAAAGUUUUCCAGAUUGACUGACCUUCAUGUCCUAAAGUAAUGAUGGACUGCCAGUUCUUUCUGCUUAUUUUAGCUGUUCUUGCCAUGUUUUUUUUUUACCAAAUAGUGGUUUCUUGUUUACCUCCCUAUCUUGUCACAACACAACUGAUUGGCUCAAACGCAUUGAGGAAAGAAAUUCCACACAUUAACUUCAGGCACACCUGUUAAUUGAAACGUAUUCCAGGUGACUACCUCAUGAAGCUGGUUGAGAGAAUGCAAAGCUGUCGUCAAGGCAAAGGGUGGCUACUUUGAAGAAUCUCAUAUUUAGAUCUUUUUUUUUUUGGUUACUACAUCAUCCAUGUGUUAUUUCAAAGAUAUUUAUUCACUAUUGUUCUACAAUGUAGAACAUAUAAAAUAAAGAAAGCCUUGAAUGAGGAGGUGUCUGUCCAAACUUGAUUGGCACAUAUAUAUUUAUUAAGGAACUCAGUCCAGCUUUAAAAUGAUUAUUCAAAUUGGUAAUAGUAAAUGCACAAGGUGCAACUUUAAAUGUAAGCAGUGUAUCAUCAGUUUCUCUUGUUGUGCCAGUCCAGUCAUUGCAGACCUUAGAGCUAUUUAUAACUUUUCAGAAAUGUCGAGAUCAACUAGCCCAUGUCAGCUAAUGUUUUUAGCCUUAGAUUGAUGUAAUGUUUGAGUCACUGAAAUAUCACAUGAGACAUGGCAAAAUAAACCCUGCAACAUUUUCUCUCCAACAACCA